CAGAACAAGUUCGGGCAGUUCUGCACCGUGGGCCUUCUUGUAAAUUCGGGAUCAAGACACGAAACGAAGUACCUCAGCGGCAUCUCCCACUUCUUGGAAAAGCUCGCCUUCUCUUCCACAGCUCAGUUUGGCAGCAAAGAUGAAAUUCUCCUCACCUUAGAAAAGCACGGGGGCAUUUGUGACUGCCAGGCAUCGAGGGACACCAUAAUGUACGCGAUUUCUGCUGACGCCAGAGGCCUGGACACAGUGGUCAACUUGCUGGCUGAUGUGGCGCUGCAGCCCAGGUUAUCAGAUGAAGAAAUGGAGAUGACUCGAACAGCUAUACGAUUUGAGCUUGAAGACUUGAAUAUGAGACCUGAUCCAGAGCCUCUCCUCACAGAAAUGAUCCAUGCGGCAGCCUACAGAGACAAUACAGUUGGACUGAAUAGGUUCUGCCCAGUGGAAAAUACUGACAAAAUUGAUCGAGAAGUCCUGCAUUCGUACCUGCGCAGUUACUACACGCCGGACAGGAUGGUGCUUGCCGGGGUGGGCAUCGAGCACGAGCAGCUGGUGGAGUGUGCACAGAAACACCUGCUUGGAGUGGAGCCCGUGUGGGGCAGCGGGGAGAGCAAGGAUGUGGACAGAUCCGUGGCUCAGUACACAGGAGGCAUUAUCAAGGUUGAGAAAGAUAUGUCAGAUGUGAGUCUGGGCCCCACUCCCAUUCCAGAGCUUACCCACAUCAUGAUUGGGUUAGAAAGCUGCUCAUUUUUAGAGGAAGAUUUCAUUCCUUUUGCAGUGUUAAACAUGAUGAUGGGAGGCGGUGGCUCGUUUUCAGCUGGAGGGCCUGGCAAGGGCAUGUUCACUCGACUGUACCUCAAUGUGCUCAACAGGCACCACUGGAUGUAUAAUGCAACCUCUUACCACCACAGUUACGAGGAUACAGGUCUCCUGUGUAUACAUGCCAGUGCAGAUCCAAAACAGGUUCGAGAGAUGGUGGAAAUCAUCACAAGGGAAUUCAUUCUAAUGGCAGGAGCAAUAGGAGAGGUAGAACUUGAGCGAGCAAAGACACAGCUGAAGUCCAUGCUCAUGAUGAACCUUGAGUCUCGGCCAGUUAUCUUUGAGGAUGUGGGAAGGCAAGUGUUGGCGACAAACACGAGGAAGCUACCUCAUGAGCUCUGUGCCCUGAUCAGUCAGGUGAAAUCCAGUGAUAUCAAGAGAGUGGUCACCAAGAUGCUUCAUAAAAAACCAGCUGUGGCUGCCCUGGGUGACUUAACUGAUCUGCCCACUUACGAACACAUCCAGGCAGCGCUUUCCAGUAAGGACGGGCGACUCCCUCGCAUGUACCGGCUCUUUCGAUAAAGCAGCGCAUUCUGUACAGGCCUGACAAACUUGCUUCUUUUUAAAUGUUUUUGAAAUUAUAUCACUGCUGCA